AUGGCUGCAUCAAACUUGUAUGGACCAAAAUUUGUGUUCUUGACUUUGAUUUGGGUUGAGAAUUUCGUGUCGAAUGAAGGUGUUGCUGGGGGCGGAGUUGAGCUCUUGGACGUUGAUCUCAUCAACGGAUUCCAGACUCUGCAUCACUUUUUGUGUAACCAUUUGCCGGUGCUAAAGGAUAAACCUAUCAUUAUCAUAACCACGAUGAGCCUCACUGUCAUGAAAGUUAAGACCCCGAAGGUCAGGCUAGGCAACAUCAAUGUCCAAGACCUCAACUCCAUCCCGGCAACACCUUCAUUCGACACUAAAUUCACAACCCAAAUCAGAGUCAAGAAUACAAAUUUUGGUCCAUACAAGUAUGAUGCUGGCAUUGUCACGUUUUUGUACCAAGGCGCUACUGUCGGGCAAGUCUCUAUUCCAAAGAGCAAGGCUGGAAUGCUUUCCACCAAAAAAGUUGAUGUAGAGGUGAGCUUGAGUUCAAGUGCACUGAACAAUUCCAAUCUUGGCAGUGAAUUGAGCACCGGGGUGUUGAUUCUCAACAGUGCGGCUACGUUGACUGGAAAGGUUGAACUUAUGUUUAUUAUGAAGAAGAAGAAGUCUUCCACCAUGGACUGCACCAUUGCAUUUGAUUUGUCAUCAAAGACGCUCAAAAGUUUGCAAUGCAAGUGA